UACCAUGCACGAGGAAUUUUUUUGGAGAGGAAUUUAUACCGGAAGUUUUUCAAAUGAAAAUGGGUACACUGACAGAAGGAGAAUAUCUCGAAGCUCUCUGUGACUAUCUCCACCCAGAUGGUAUCGAUGAAAUAAUUGAGAAAAAAGCAAAAGGGAACUAUGAUGGAGCUGCCAUUAAACAAUGCUUAGCUGAGAAAAACAACGAACACUUAUUUGAAAAAUAUCAGGAAUUGAGCAUUCCACAAGGGCCAAUGGUAGAACUUGCGGCUGAGCUGCUAAAACAAUAUGAUCCUUCAUCAGAGCCUGAAACUCUUGAAAAACUGACCAAAAAUCCAGAAUCUGAAACGUCUAAGAAUCCAUCUGAAAAUCUAGUAGGGGCUGAAAUGCUGAAACAAGAUCAUUCUCCAUUAGAGUCUGAAACUCUUGAAGAACUUACCGAAAAUCCGAAAUCUAAAACCUCUAAAAAGCAGUCUGAAAAUCUAGUUGGGGCUGAAAUGCUAAAACAAGAUUAUUCUCCAUCAGAGUCUGAAACUCUCGAAGAAUUGGCCGAAAAUCCAGAAUCUGAAACAUCUAAAAAACAGUCUGAAAAUUCAGAAUUUGAAUCGACUGAAAAAAAAUCUAAACACCAUCCAGAAAUUGAAAAACAACCUGAAAAUAAAGAAUAUGAAACAUUAGAAAGACAACCUGAAAAAUCAGAAUCCGAAACCUUUGAUAGACAACCUGAAAAAGCAGAAUCUGAAACCAUUGAAAGGCAAUCUAAAAAUCCACAAUCUGAAACCACUGAAACAAAACCUGAAAAUCCAGAAUUUGAAACCAUUGAAAGAGAACUUCAAAAGCACAAGCCUGAAAUUUUAGAAAGCCAAACUGAAAAACUAGAACCUGAAACAAUUGAAAGGAAACUCAAAAAUCAUCCGGAAUCUGAAACAACUGAAAGACAACCUGAAAAUUCAGAAUCUGAAACAACUGAAAGAAAACCUAAAUAUCCAGAAUUUGAAGCCACUGAAAGACAACCUGAAAAUCCAAAAUUUGUAACCUCUAACAUCGAGUCUGAAAAUCCAGAUUCAUUGAACUCCGUUCAGAAACAUGAUUCUGCCGUCCGUGUAACACAACAAGAAGAUAAUUUCACGAAAUCCCAGCCUCCUAAAGUCUCAUCGCAAGUCCCUUCGAAUUCGAAAAAACCCAUCAUUCAAUUUUUAAAGGGAACAUGUCAUUCUAAAGAGGAAAUCAAGGAGUUUGAAGACUUGAUAUUGGAAGAAGACUUUAAAAGGGUAUUCAGCUGCUUGUUAACAUGUACCACUAAUUUCUUAAACAGACUACAAAGAGUACUAUAUAAUGCGAGAGAGGAAGCGAUCGAUUUAUUACGGAAGAAAAUACAGGAGGUCAAUAGAACAACAACGGAUUCGAAAACAGACGAUGGGGCGAGAAAACAAUACCAAAAGAUGCAGGAGCUCAGACAAAAGUAUGAAGAACAUAUCAAAAAGCUGCUAAAUACUCCUGAUCCAGCAUGGACAUUCAUAGAAGGCCCAUUUCAUGCGGAAAUUUUGAACAAAGACAGACCAAGAAAUGUCGAUUUGAUCACGAAAGCUGCGAAAGAUUACCUCAGCUGGUACGGUGAACUCCACUACUAUUUGAAUCAUUACGUAACUGAAGAGAUGAAAAAAUUGCACAAACCUUUCGUAUUAGGAAGCCUCGAUAACAAUUUAGAAGAUAUAUUCCAUUUGUACGAAAGCUGCGGUAAACGAGGAUGUGGCAUGGCUUCGAACAGUAUUCCAUUAUACGAAAAAAUUCAUUCCGCGGCUUGCGAUCGUGAAACGAAAAUGAAGCAGCGUUUGGAAAAUGUCAAAGAAAUAUUAGAAGAGUGGGUACGAAUACAUGCACAUGACUGGAAAAAAUUCUGCAGAAUACUUAUGGGACUACAGAUCACUAUUCCACAAACUGAAAACUCCAAAUCGCAGGAUGUUGCCGAUGACAAUGGGUGCCAUAUUUAACCUGAGCUAUAGUUAAUCUGUAAUUUUUAAUUCUGAGCAUGGAAUGAGUAAGUAUCGAAUUCAGUUGAUACAAAUUUUAAAAAAUUUUAAAAACAAAUAAAUGUAUAAAUUUUCUCAAAUAAUUAUACCCACGUAAAAAGUUGAACAAUAAUAUUUUGUAAUAAUAUUUUCUGAGUAGAAUAAUAUUCAAUAGUUUUUCUUUCCUUGUAAUAUUUUUUA